CGGCGGGGAGAGCCGUGCAGAAGUUCCCCACGAUGUCCAGUGAUAGGCAGAGGUCAGACGAUGAAAGUCCAAGUACCAGCAGCGGUAGUUCAGAUGCUGAUCAGAGGGAUCCACCUGCACCUGAACCCGAAGAGCAAGAGGAAAGAAAACCCUCUGCCACUCAGCAGAAGAAGAACACCAAACUAUCCAGCAAAACUACUGCUAAGCUAUCUACUAGUGCUAAAAGAAUCCAGAAGGAGCUAGCUGAAAUAACCCUUGAUCCUCCUCCUAACUGCAGUGCCGGUCCUAAAGGAGAUAACAUUUAUGAAUGGAGAUCUACUAUACUUGGACCUCCAGGUUCUGUAUAUGAAGGAGGCGUUUUUUUCCUGGAUAUCACAUUUUCAUCUGACUAUCCAUUCAAGCCACCAAAGGUUACUUUCCGUACCAGAAUUUAUCACUGCAACAUCAACAGUCAGGGAGUCAUCUGUCUGGAUAUCCUGAAGGACAACUGGAGCCCUGCUUUGACUAUUUCCAAGGUUCUGCUGUCUAUUUGUUCUCUUCUGACAGACUGCAACCCAGCUGACCCUCUGGUUGGAAGCAUAGCCACUCAGUACCUGACCAACAGAGCAGAACAUGACAGGAUAGCCAGACAGUGGACCAAGAGAUAUGCAACAUAAAUGACAAACUACUUGUGCAGUGUGAAGGUGCAGAAGGCAACUUUGCAGUGUGCAACAAAUCUUUAUAGCCUUUACAAUACGGACUUCUGUGUAUAUGUUAUACUGAUUCUACUCUGCUUUUAUCCUUUUGAAGACUGGGAUACUGCCCCCCAAAAAGGUAAAUGCUAUCAAGAGUAGAAAUUUGUAGCUGUAGAUUAGUUAUGUUUAAAAUGCCUACUUGCAAGUCUUGCUUCUUUGGGAUAUCAAAAUGUAUUUUGUGAUGUACUAAGGAUACUGUUCCUGAAGUCAACCAAAUAUUAUAGUGCAUUUUAGCCUAAUUCAUUAUCUGUAUGAAGUUAUUAAAGGUAGCUGUAGAUUACUAGGAAUUAUGUCAUUUGUAUUAAACCCAGAUCUAUUUCCAAAAUGUGGUACAUGCUGUUGUGAAAACUGUUUUAACUUUUACCUUUGUCAGUUUGUAAUGAAAGGAUUUUCUUUUUCCCUUUGUAGCUCAGAGAGCACCCAGUGUAUCAUCUCAAACACAAUAAACAUGUUCCCCAA